AAGGCAUUGUACAGAUAAGUGAAAGGGCCAAAUUGAGGCAACUCCCGCCCUGUUUUACAUUCGUACACAUCGUCACUUUUGUUUAGAUGUUGUCCACUUUGCUAUGGAAACCUUGUUUUUUCUAAAAAUGUGCUAGUCCCUGUCAGUUGUCUCGGUUGCUGUUAGGCUACGUGAUCUGUCCCUAACUCCAUUCUCUAUUUGUGUGCUUCCUUGUGCUGCCAAGCCCCUGACGUAAUGCUUCGUGUUAAUUAUUCGCAUGUGGAAAGCAAUGCCGAGACUCGCCUCUGGUAAAACAAGAGGAGCCUAACUGUAGGGAGAAUAGUUAGUCAAGAUGGCAAAACACACAGAUCCGGAGUGAAGGGGCACCGCUCCCCGUCCCGCGACCAACAGAACCGAUACAACUGUGCCUAGAAGUCUAAGGGGGAUCCCUGUGGAAAAUGGCAACAGGGGUAACACUGGUGUGACCGUGCAGGAAGAAAGCUGACUCUCCCGUCUGUUAACCCCCGCCCUUUGGCAGAUGCACCUAGGAGAGCACCUUGCUCCCCUCAAGCUGAAGCUACACUUGCAAUGCUAAAAGCCCGGAUGAUGAUAUGCCACUUGAACUGAGCACACCUACUGCUGUCUACUCAACAUCAACAACAGAAACAGGCAAAGGGAAGAGCACAACCAACCCGAGAAAGCGAGAGGAACACAACACAAGCUUUGACCAAAGUUGAACCAACACAGCUCCAAGACCUCCGUUAACCUAAUUCUCUUGUGACACCAGGGGGGGUCACUCUAACUGGUUUCCCCAUUCUGCUUAGUGCCUGUCCCCCAGACCAUGAUGUUUCGCGACCAGGUGGGUGUCCUGGGAAGCUGGUUUAAGGGAUGGAAUGAGUGUGAGCAGACGGUGGCUCUGCUGUCGCUGCUGAAGCGGGUGUCGCGGACCCAGGCCCGUUUCCUGCAGCUGUGUCUGGAGCACAGCCUGGCCGAAUGCACCGAGCUCCACGUGUUGGAGGGGGAAGCCAAUAACCCAGUGGUGAUCAGCCAGUGGCAGGGCGAGCCCAAGGAGCGUGUCAUCUCCCUGGUCCUCACCCACCUGCCCCUGCUCAAGCCGGGCAACGUCGAAGCCAAGGGCGAGUACAUGCGCCUCCUCCCCCGCAUCCUGGCGCACACCAUCGACCAUGGCCGCCACCUCGAAGAGUCACGGCAGCUCCUCUCCUACGCCCUCAUCCACCCGGCCACCUCGCUGGACGACCGCGCCGCCCUCGCCCUCUGGCUCAACCAUCUGGAGGAGCGCGCCGCUGCCCGGGGUGACUCGUUGGAACGGCCACCCCCCGCCUCGGCCUCACUCCAUCAGACGCCCCCCUCGACACACUCCUUGUCGGGGUCCAGUUGGAGUUCCUCAGGGAGCCACCUGGGUCAGCUGUACCACCACCAGCGCUACGGCUCGGAUGAUAGGCUCAACGGCUGGCAGGGGUCCAGGGACUCGGGAUUGGGCAGUGGUUGGCACCAACAGCAGCAGGGGCAUGGAGGGUGUGAGAAUGGCGGGCACCUGGCACUCUACCCAUCCUCCUCGGUGCCUGGGAGUAUCAACACGGUUGGCACGGGCGGCAGCAUCCUGUCCGGCGGUGGCGGCGGGCAGCACAGUCCCCUGAAGCGCUCGGUGUCCCUCACCCCCCCGAUGAGCGGCUGCUCCUUGGCCAGUUCCUCCUCCUCGUCGGGCGGCCAAGCCCUGGGCCUGGGUCAUGGUUGGAUCUCCCAGGAGGACCUGCGCGGUCCCCGGGGAGGAGGAGGAGGAGGAGGGCUGGGGCUGGCCCCCACCGACCCUCAACACGCUCCCCUCUCCCCUCAGAGCAGCGUAGCGUCGUCGGGCAGCGGCGGCAGUGAGCACCUGGAGGAUGGAGGAGGCUUGCACCGCAGCAGCACAUUCCACGAGGAGGGCAGCUGCAUGAGGGUCUUUCCCUUAGAUUAUUGUCCAGGCGUGGCGCAAAGGCCCCCAAAGCAACAUCCAGGCCCUCUGGGGACCAACAGAGUUGGGCAGGGGGGCCUGCCCCAGCUUUACAAUGAUGUGCCAGCCUGGCUGAAAAGCCUCCGUCUCCACAAAUAUGCGGCGCUCUUCUCCACCAUGACUUAUGACGAGAUGAUGUCACUGACCGAACAGCAGCUGGAAUCACAGAAUGUCACCAAAGGGGCACGGCACAAGAUAGUGAUCAGCAUUCAGAAGCUGAAGGAGCGUCAGAAAAUGCUGCGUUGCCUAGAGAAGGAUGUGUUGGAGGGCGGUAACCUGCGUGGCCCUCUCGCCGAGCUCCACCAGAUGAUCCUGACGCCCAUUAAGGCGGUGGCCAGCGAUGAGUCGUCCCCCAGCUCGCCCUCCUCGACCGCACACAGGCCUCUGUUGAGCCCAGAGGGGAAGAGCAGCGCCGCCCCGGGAGGAGGGGAGGGGGAGACGGGUACCACACUCAUCGCCGAGGGAGACAUCCCCGGCCAGUUCACCCGCGUCAUGGGCAAAGCUUGCACACAGCUCCUGGUGUCCAGGCCCGAUGAAGAGAACAUCAGCUCCUACCUGCAGCUCAUUGACAAGUGCCUUCUUCACGAGGCAUUCACAGAGACGCAGAAGAAGCGACUGUUGUCCUGGAAACAACAGGUGCAGAAGCUGAUCCGCUCCUUCCCCAGGAAGACCCUCUUGGACAUGGCCGGCUACCGGGCACAGAGGAGCAGCAGCAGUAGCCGUGGCUUCAGCCAGUCCAAUUCUCUCCCCACGGCGGGCUGCGUGGGGGGCAGCAGCAGCGUGUCGGCGGCCCGUCGCAGCCUGCGCCAGUUCCAGAUGCCCUCUCGGAGCCUGCCCGGCGCCAGGCUGGGCCUGCUGGGACCCACGCCACAUAGCGCCAGCAGCACCCCCACUGGCCUCAAGCAGGGACGACAGGGUCUUUGGUUCGCCAACCCCGGGGGAAGUAACAGCAUGCCAAGCCGAACCCACAGCUCAGUGCAGAGGACCCGCUCCCUGCCUGUCCACACCACGCCACACACCAUGGUCAUGUUCCAGCAGUCUGAUCUCCAGGUGCCGGUGACUGAACCAGACAUCAACAACCGGCUGGAGUCUCUGUGUCUGAGUAUGACGGAGCACGCUCUGGGAGCGCAGAGACAGUAGCCCUCAGUGCUCGGCACGGAGCUGGGGUGGACAAGCAGCGCUGUGUGUGUGUGUGUAUAUUUUUGCGUGGACUGGACACGCCCACACACACAGCCCCAGAGUAGAGGUGGGAAGCUGAGGAAUGCCAGUCUCCGACAGGACCCUUCCUCUCUGCUGUACCCCUACGCUCCUUCUCCUCUCUGAAACAUACUGAAUGGACAGAAUAGAAAUUAGAAGGAAAGUACUCAUGGUGAGUGGAAUGCCCCUGAGCCGUUCUUUACAAAUAGAGUAAGUGAUGUCCAAUAGAAAGCUCUGGCAUGCUCAAAUACAGCAAUACCACGUCCAGCUCUAAUAAUGAUCAAACUCUCUCUCUUCUUUUGACCAAUUUGACAGGAAGUUGUAAUCUAAUUUCCCUAAUUGGCAUGCUUCCAGACCCAAACCUUCUAGGCUGUUCUGUAGAUCUGAAAGGAUGUAUAUCCAAUACGGUGAAAGUUUCAUCUAGCCUAUCAGAGGGAAAAGUGGAGUAAUUAGCAUUUUGCUUACUUGCGCCGAGUGUAAGUGCUAGGGGUGCAUUUGAAACUGUGCCUAUAUAUGACUUUAAUGGAAGUCUAUUCCUUUUAUAGUGCAUUACUUUUGACCAGUGCAGUGUACUAUAUAGGGUGCCAUUUGGGAUGCAACCCAUGUCAUGAGACCCUGGGCCACACAGGAACUCCAGUAAUAGCAAGUCUUUAUGAAACCGCUUGUAGGUAAUGCACCCUGUUCUAUAGGGUGCAUUAUGAUAUUUACUGCAUUUCUAAAGCCCGAAGACCCAAAGAAAGUCCAUCGUGGGUCUCUAACCUCCCCCAAUGACUGCCUCUGGUUUCCGGUACUGCUGGUCACACACACAUUUUUUGUGUAGAAGCACAUCCAGCAUGUAUACCCAGCUCUACUAGUGCUACAGUACGGCAAAGCACAUACCUCCGAUGAAUGUAGUAAUGCAGGGUUUUCAGCUGACUCAUCGCUCACUCUGUCUGAACCACUGGGACCAUGUCCCAAAUGGCCCCCUAUUGUCAUUAUAGUGCAAAACUUUUGACCAUUGACCUGGUCAAAAGUUGUGCACUAUUUAGGGUAUAGGGUGCCAUUUGGGACACAACCCGGGACAAACAUUUGGUCCUCUCUGUUUGUCCAGCCAAGCAAGAUGCAACAGUUGUUUUUUGUCUUUGAAUUCCAUUCCAUCUAUAUUUGUCCAGUUGUGUUAUUCUCAUUCCUAUGUGAUGGUUUGUCCCAUGUCCCUCGAUUC